AUGGCCUUAAGACGCACUUUGUCCCUCAGAUCAUUACUCAAUCCUCGCCGUCACCAGCCAUCUUCUUGUAGCUUUAUCACUCGUCAUGAAGAGAAGCUAGAUUGCCAGAGAUCCUUCAGCAGCUCGAUUCUCUAUCAUCGUCCGAGACACUCUUCAGAUUCUCUCUACCCCCAACUUUUGGUGUCUCUAUCUGUCAUCAUCGCUACAUGUCGACUUCUCGUCUUCCUGGCUCAGACGCGAAAUGCCGAUUCAGUUGUGCAGCAUGUGGUGGCUUCACUAACCACCGCAAGAGAAAAACUUGUCGAUGCGUUGCAACAGUUAUUUGAAACUGUGCAUUCUCUCACAGGCUUUAACUGGUGGGCUUCAAUUCUUCUUACAACCUUUUUGAUUCGAGGACUGACAAUCCCUGCUAUGAUUCAUAUGGCCAGAUUUUAUUCAGUUGCCACGACUUUGUAUUUUAGCUGGCAAAAAAGGAAACAAACAUGGAUGGAAAUUAAGGAUCAGCAUGGAGGAGCUCCAGCUUCUUAUGCUACAAGUCAGAAAGAAAUUUACAAAGUGGUGAACAAUCAUAUGUCAAGUCUUACAUCACUCUUGGCUUUAUCGCUGAAUCUUAUUACCCCUCCGAUAGUGAUUGACAUGGGAAAAGCAGUUGCUCAAAUGACAGAGAAGGUACCAUCUUUGACAACGGGUGGUGCACUUUGGUUCACUGAUCUUACAAGGCCAGAUGCGUUAUAUAUCUUUCCGAUUCUCACGGGAGUGCUUUUCUGGAUUACUGUGGAGUGUGAUGCACCACUUUCAGGCUUUGAAGGCCUCCCAUUCAUUUUGUGA